AAAAAGUACUAAGAAGGAGGAGAUUUUGUCAUUGUGACUUCAAGGGACACUUUAUGAAGCCUCUCCACAACACAUUCAUUUGCAUUUUGAGUCAGUCACUCUUAGUCCCCUGAUAAGAUGGAGGAGAAUAAAGCACCUCAGAAACGAGUCUACAUCAGUCUCCCAAAGAAAUACAUGGCUAGUUUUGCUGCACAUUAUGAACUGGAUCAUGGAUUGGUUUUAAAAGAUCUGAACCCUUACUUAAAUGAAGGAUACAUAAGGGCCUACUUCAGAGAAUGGGGAACCAUCACAGCAUGUAAGGUUAUGAGGACCUCUUACAAUAGUGGGCUAGGCUAUGUGAGAUUUUCUGCUGAGGAAGAAGCAGACAGAGCAGACUGGGCUGGUCCUCACAUUCUUGGAGGCUCUGAAGUGGAGGUGAAACGAGUUGUUAGUCCAAAGAUGGAGGAGGAGGAGGAUGAGAAGGCCAAAGCAAUCACCGCUUUGCCUCGACCACGGCGUUCAAUGGGUCUGGGCUACUUACUCGAAGAUGCUCAGUGGUUGGAUAAUGACUUACAAGGAUAAACAAAUACUCUGCAGAUUUUUCUUUCAGUUUAAAUUCUAAAUAGAUGUAUACAUUAUAGUGGCAGAAACCCAGAAGCAUUGGAAAAAGUUGAAUUAUUUUGAAAACGCUGUGGUGUAUGGUUAUGGCAGUGUGUGUCUGUAUGUAGUGACCUCUGGCCUCAGGGA